GAGUAACAUUUUGAACUGUUUGUCGACGCUCUUUGAUUGCAAAAAUGAUGAAACUACUCUGUUUGGUUUUAUUGGUUUGUGUAUUGGCCUAUGAAAUUGAAGGCUGGAGAACUCGUCGUUGGCGAGUCCGCAAAAUUGUCAGAGUGCCGCGCGUACGGAGAGUAGUACCACGUAUUCGUUUGCGUCGUUUCAGGGUGCGACGUUUACGACCGCGUUUGAGAUUCCGACGAAGAUUUCGUGUGCGGCGUUUGGUGCCGGGUAUACGACUGCGGAGGUUAGGCCUGCCGAGUAUCAGAAGGAUCGGUUCGUGUUUGAAACCUGCCCUUCAAAUAUACAAAAAACUGCAGAAAACGUUCUAUGGUGCUUACAAGAGGGUUUGCGGUGAUCGAAAGAGGCACAGCUGCGGUUUCAAGUUGUAUACACGAGCGAGAUCCGUCUGCAGUGGCCUAUCGUGCUUCAAGCGAAAUUUUGGUUCGCGGUUUGGCAUCGGGAAAAGAUCUAUCGAGUUCGACGCAGGAAUGGCAGACUCCGAAAAAACUAAUAGCAAAAGAGGCAUUGCGACCGCCGCCAAUAUUGGGUACACGGUCUAUAAAGGAGUUACUCUUCACCAGAAAUGCUGCAAGAGAGGGUGUUUGGACGCCGAACUAGCUGAAUAUUGUAUAUCACUUGCAUUUAAAGGAUAUCGCGGAUAAUCACGAGCUAAAAACAGAAAUUGAACGAAUAUAUAAUGAAGCGAAUGAACUUAUAGUUUCUAGUAAUAGUAUGGACGUGUACUGAUAGCUAUAUGCCUAUAUAGAGGACUAUAGAACAUAUAAUUUGCGAUUCAUAGUCUCCUAGCUGAGAAAUAAUUAUAAAGUUAUUCGUAAGUUUAAUCAUUAAAAGCAAUGUUUUGUUGUACGAAGUAUUUGGAUUCAAUACGUCUCGAUCUAUUUUCAUUUCAAUUCGAAUUAUACGGUAAAUUAAGAUCUCGGAUUUUGAAGGAACUCG